CCACCUCAUCAGCCCAACUCCUCUCCACCUGCUUAUCCAGCUGCCUCAGAUCACUAAUCAAGCCACUUUAUAAACUCCUGCUUAACACACACUCUUUGCCAUCUCAUUAUUGCAUUCAUGCCUUACUUUCCAGUGUUACCUUUUGGACUGAUUUCCUGUUGCCGACCCUGCCUGUCUUGGACUUACUUUCUCUGUAAAAACCCUGAUUGUGUUCAGGUACAGUUGUAUUUAGCUCUGCUCUGAGAUCCACCAUGAAGCUGUACGUGAUCGUUCCACUGUGUGUUCUGUUCACCGUCACCACACAGGCACCUUCACGUGAUGAAUGUAUAUGUGAGGUGACUUCAGAAAAGCCAUUUCCUCAUGACAAACUCGGCAGAGUGGCAGGCAAUGCAUCAGAAUGCAACAGCACAAUUAACGCACAGAUGACUCAGGAGCUGGAGAGUCUGCUGCUGGGUUUGGAGCAUCGUCUGCCCCAGCUGCAGGAAGAUGUGUCAGUGCUGGAGAGGGAGGAUGAUGGAGAGCUCUAUGCAGUUCUCAGCCUGUUUGUGAUCGAGAAUGAACUGAGGGAGAUCAACCAGCUCAUCGACAAGCUCAACAGCACCACCCUGGACCGACAGCAUCUAACUACUAACACCACUAAAAAGCUGGAGGAUCUGAGGGCAGAGAUGAAGGAGCUGGUGACGUAUGACACCAUGAAGGUGAUAGAGACACAACAAGACAACGAGCGUCUGAAGUCAGAGCUGAGCGAUUGUGAGACUGGCCUUCAUCCCACCACCCAGCCUACUCAGCCUCCACAUGGUAACUGCCCCCAUGGUCAAUUUUACAACAUCACAGCACCGAGGGUGUACACACAAGGAGAGUACCCAGGAUCCUAUCCGUAUGGAGCCUGGGGUCGGGAUCCUAAACCAGAGGCGGGGAAAGAGGACUGGUAUUGGAUGGUAAUCUUGACCUCUGGCAAUAAAUUCGCCCACUAUGUUCGUCAAUAUUCCAGCCUGAGCUCUCUCAUUGUUGGUGUGAGCAAACCAGGUAAUGCUCAGAUCCAUGCAGCUAACCCAACCACCAACACCAUCCAGGGUCCAAAUGCUGUAAUGUACGGAGGGGCGUUGUACUACAAUUGUUACAACAAAGAUGCUGUUUGUCGAUUCAACAUAACCGACAAAACGGUUACAACCUUACAACUACCCAAAGACACCAGGUAUAACUCAAAGGGUAAUUUCUGCCGCCUUGAACAAUGCUACCCAUUCACCGACCUGGACCUAGCCACAGAUGAGUCAGGUGUCUGGGUGAUCUAUACAACUCUACAAGACUUUGGCAACCUGGUGCUUUCCAAAGUGGAGGGGAAUGAAACGAUGAGGCUCGGCCAAACCUGGAAAACCUCAGUCUACAAGCAGGCGGUGACCAACACCUUCAUGGCCUGUGGCGUGCUCUAUGCAACACGGUACAUAGACAAAGACGUGGAGGAGAUCUUCUAUUCCUUUGACACCUUGACAGGGGAGGAGAAUUUCAAAAUUGGUGUCUACAUGAACAAGAUGUCUGCCAACAUUUAUUCCCUGAACUACAGCCCUGUGGACCAGAUGCUGCAUGUCUACAGUGACUCCCGCAUGGUCUCCUAUAAGGUUUUGUUUCGGUAAAGGGAUAAUGCUGACAGCAUUUCCCACAAAUGUCUGAUUUGAAAAAUCUACAGUAGUAGUAACCAACGUGUAAAAAAUAAAGGUUUCUCGAAAAUAAAGGCAAGCAAAAAGUA